GAAGAACUUCAGCGAGGAAGUAGUAAAUCUCCACUCACCCUUACGGCUUUGACGCUUGGAUGGAUUGACUUGACUGUUGUUCCUUCAAUGAACCAGUGGUAAUAUUUUGCUCUGAAACAAGAAGAAGUUCCAUCUGCAGUGCAGUACAUUUCCUAUUCAACACCAGAUGCACCAAUUUCCAAGAGCACUAACAAUAGAAGUUAAAGAGACAUCAGGCAGCAGCUUUUUAUAGCUUUGAAAAGGAUUUGUAGUCUUGGAAAAUACGUGUACAUGUACUUUUUUCCGACGAUAAAUGACAACCAUGAUUAUAAUGGAGUGUUUUCAUGAUUCAAUACCUUAUCAAAUCGGUUGAAAAAAAACUCACCCACAGGAGUGAACUGAAGUGGAGGAGCAAGUUCUUGUUCUGUAAGUCCAGAUUAUUGACAAAUUUCAAAAUGGCCACCCCUGGAGGAUCGUCAAGCAGCAAGAAGAACAAGAAAAAGAGGAACAGCGCCCCUGUAGUCUCGUCCCCCAACACCAUCACAUACGGACCUCCACCUCCCCAGGCAGGUGCCUAUCCAGCAGUGCCGGUGCAGCGUCCGGGUUACCCUAUGCAACCUGCAUUCUACGCCCCUGCUGGGUACCCAGUACAGCCCCCUGGGGGUUUCCCUGCCCCUGCACCAGCAGCGGGUGCUCCUAGGAUGGCACUCCCUGCCAUCCCUGUGAUGCCACAACAGCAGAUGCCACCGCAGACACCACAGAGGCAACUAGACUUUGAGCAGGCAAUGUCGGAUUUCAAGGGUAUGUUCCCUGAGAUGGACCGGGAUGUGAUCGAGACUGUUCUGAGAUCCAACAAUGGUAAGGUAGAUGAGACCAUUGAUCAGCUUUUGAAAUUGAACGCCGACAUCCCUGACAGGGCACCACCACCUGCCAUGCCCCCCUUGUCAGCGGCUAUCCCUGUACCCCCAUCACACCUCCCACCAGAGAUGAUUUCCCCUGAUAAUUUCCCUGAUCAGCCGCCUCCAUACUCUCCUCCGGAACCAGAUAGUCCUUUCUCAAGGUUCAACAGUAACACCAAUGCCCAGUCCAACACUGCCAGAGGAACCCCUCCCGUGCCAAGCAGUCGCGACCCCAGCAGCUUACCUCGGACAGCCCCCCAGCUCCCUCCCCCUCGCAGGGCCCGGAGCGUGGGUGGAGAGGAGAGCGUGAGCAGCGCUACCAGGGAUAACUACAGGAACGUGAUGCAGAGAAUGGAGGAGAUGCAGACCUCAAGGCAAUGGAAUCCUCCGAUGGUUGGCAAUCUACCAUCAGAUUUCUUGAGGUUAUCAGUCUCGGGAGGCUCGCCGUCAGGCACAGCUGUUUCGCCAUCAUCUCAAACAUCACAACCACGGAUGACACCAGGCAUUCAGCAGAGAUUAGAUGAGAACACCAGUAGACGGAGAUCCGUGGGUCAGCACGAUGCAGAAUCAAACCAGAUGCUGGAGGAUGAAAAGCUAGCACUGAUGCUCCAGAAUGAGGAGUUCCUUCAUCAGCUUCAGCAGGAUCCUGAAUUCCUGUCAGCCCUGGAGAGAGAUUACCAUGAUGCAUUACGGGAGGGAAGGACCACCAGCAGUUCGACAUCUGGAUCUUCAUCUAUGUCAACUCCCACACCUACUCCCCCUCCACGCCCAUCGCAACACCCUCUUCACCGGCAGCCUCCUCCAGACCUUGCCAAUCGCCCCCUCCCUGCAACACCACCUCCAGAACUCCCAUUUAGACCGCCUGGCAUGAGGAGAGAAAACAGUGGGUCUUCUCUUCCUUCAUCCAGUGUCUCGGGAGGCGGGAUGACCAAUGGAGCAACAAGUGCCUCUGGAGGACUCUCUAUGGAAGAUAUUGAGUUCAGGAACAAACUCAACCAUAUGGGCAAAUCUUCCAAGACAAAAUUAUCUCUGCUGGCCGGAAGAUUUCAGAAGAAAAAGAAGCCCUCAAGGAAAUAUGAAACAGAAGAUAGUGGUGCUAGUGAUGCUUUGCUAGGGGUGAAAGUCUUUAUGAAGAAUUGAAAGAUAAUGAGCCAGCUCAUGAAUACAUGACAAGAUUGGAUUUCCAACGGGUUUAACGUGAUUGACGGCACCAAGAAAAUCAUCGCUGCAUUUAUUGAAGGUUAGAAAACGAUCAUCCAAGAAAAGACAAUUGCUUUGUAGUGGCAAGCAGGAUUCCUUGUUAAAUCAUGAAGAUUCCGAUCCUUACUUCUUCUCCAGAUGAAAAUGGACAUUUCCACGAGGUAUAAGGCUGU